GUUUAUUCCCUUACAGGAACCGCUUUAUUUCCGACACCAGCCCAGCGGACCCGGAGCCUCCGUGGCGGUGGCCUGUGAAUCGGGGUUCAGAAUGAAAUGUGACGUUGGAUUCCUGCCCGCGAGUAUCUUUGAGUACUCCUGACAUGUUCGGCAGAUCAGCAGAAUAUGAAGUAGCCACUCAUGAAGACCGAAGAAAUUUUGGUUCAAUAAUCGUAAAAAGAUUCUUCAGUAAUAAGAAAGCCGAAGCCCAAUUACCAGAAAUACCUGAGAAUGUUUCGAAGGAGUGUAAAAAGAAACUGAAGGAGAAUCCUUUCAAAGAAAUCUUUGAGGAAUGCACUAGAUUUAUCCAUAAGUAUUUAAGUGGAGAACCGUUUGAAGAAUACCAAAAAAGUAAAUAUUUUUCUCAAUUUUUACAGUGGAAAUGGCUAGAAAGGCAACCAGUAACAGAGGACACAUUUAGAUAUUAUAGAGUUCUAGGAAAAGGCGGAUUUGGAGAGGUAUGUGCCUGCCGAGUACGAGCUACAGGAAAAAUGUACGCCUGUAAAAAGCUAGAAAAAAAAAGAAUAAAGAAGAAGAAAUGUGAAGCUCUGGUUCUAAAUGAAAAAAGACUCUUAGAGAAAGUGCACAGUAGAUUUGUAGUUAGUUUAGCCUACACGUAUGAAACCAAAGACGCCUUGUGCUUGGUGUUAACCAUUAUGAAUGGAGGGGAUUUGAAGUUUCACAUUUACGACAUGGGCAGUCCUGGCUUUGAUGAGCGGAGAGCUGUUUUCUAUGCUGCAGAGGUGUGCUGUGGCUUGGAAGAUUUACAGAGGGAAAGAAUCGUGUACAGGGACUUAAAGCCUGAGAACAUUCUCCUCGACGACCAUGGACAUGUCCGGAUUUCGGAUCUCGGUUUAGCUGUUGAGGUCCCAGAAAGGGGGACGGUCCAAGGAAGAGUCGGGACGAUCGGCUACAUGGCUCCGGAAGUGCUCAAUAACGAACCGUAUACGUUUGGUCCUGAUUGGUGGGGACUUGGCUGUCUGAUCUAUGAAAUGAUUCAGGGACAUUCUCCGUUCAGAAAAUUCAAAGAGAAGGUGAAACGGGAGGAGAUCAACCGGAGAGUGAGGGAGGAUGACGAGAAGUACUCGUGGAAGUUUUCCAAGAACACUAAGUCCAUCUGCAGGAUGCUACUUACCAAAAACCCAAAGAAACGCUUGGGCUGCCAAGGAUCCGGCGCAGCUGAAGUGAAACAGCAUCCUGUUUUCAAGGCCAUUAACUUCACGAGGCUGGAAGCAAAUAUAGUAGCUCCUCCUUUCUCUCCUGAUCCUCAUGCGGUGUAUUUCAAGGAUGUGUUGGACAUUGAGGAGUUCUCUGUUGUGAAAGGCAUCUACCUGGAUGACACAGAUGAAGAUUUCUAUGCUCAAUUUGUUAUGGGUUCUGUCUGCAUCCCCUGGCAGAAUGAGAUGAUAGAAUCCCGUUGUUUCUAUGACAUCAACGAGAAUGAAGAUUUCCCAGUGGAUGGAAAAAAGAAAAUGUGUCAACAACCGGUUGCCAGACCAAAGAGAAACUUCUUCCGUAGGAUCUUAAAAACAGGGGGCUGCGUCAGCUCCGGCUCCAGCGAGAAGGCAGCGGACCCCGGGAGAUACUGACUCUGCGCCGCGCGGAGCCCGAGAGCCGGACUCAGCGCCCCGGAGGGGCCCGAGCUCGCGUUCCAUCGGAGCCCACUGUAAUAAACAUGUAUGUAUUUCCAAACUUGCCUGAUGAGCUUACAGAUCUUUCUGCAUUAAUACCUGAAUUACCGUUUUGCCAAAGUCAUGAUGAAGAAAAAGCCCCUCGGGUGAGUACCAGGUGACGCGAGGAGGCCCCAGGCGUGGACACCUGUGCGCCGGCCGCGGCAGCCUGAGCCCGGGCGCCCGUGGGGGUCGGAGGCCGCCCUCUGCCCAGGGCCGUGGUGGUGUGCAGGUCUGCUCACGUCCUGUCCCUCCUGUCUCCACAGACGCGUGUGACGUCUACCCUGCCUUACUUACCGGGACUUCUGCCUUCCUGAGGCUCCUGACUUGGCGGCUGGUUUUAGAUUUUUUUUUUUUUUGAAUGAGAUAAAGCAUUUAUUAGUCCAGUGUAAGCUGCACAGUAAGCUCGUAAGAAAUGCCUGCUGCUUUCCCUAGGGGAGACAGCUCUAGGGGGCAAUGUGCGGUUUUUUGUUUGUUUCAUUGUUAACACCUUGCAUAGUGUGGUACCUUUGUUACAAUUGAU